AGAGACUGUUCUGAAUGAGGAAGCGGCAGAGCCAUUUUCACCGUUGAGUAAGAGCACGCUGCUGUUUCGGGAGAGAGGAGGGAAAAAAGAAAGCUCAGUUUCUGGAUUUUUUUUUCCGAUUCCUUGGCGUCUCUCUCUCUCUCUUUCUCUUUAUCUCUCCAUCGGUGUGCCCGGGUGUUGAAUGAGCGGGGCUUUUGGUGGUGGGACACAAUGGGGCAAAGUGCCUGUGGCGACUGGGCCGUUGUCCUCCUGAGAGGGGGAGGGGGAACAGAGAAGACCGGCGCACAGAGCUAACGCAGCUAGCCGGCCUCGGGCCUCUUCUACCCGCGCGCUCGCUCUCUCUCUCUGUCUCUCUCUCACUCGCUCUCUUUUUCUCUCUCGUUAAGGCGAACAGGAGCUCUCUUUUCUGGACUUCUCAGGACUUAAAAUCUUCACUACUCUCAGGAUUAUUGUGGACUUCCUGUGGAUUUAACAUGUGUUCGGCACACUGGAUCUCGGGACACAUUUAUCUGAACUGGAGAUUUGAAAGCUAGCUGUGCUCAUGUUCGGGGAUUAGAGCGGUCCAUUGAGAAAAGAAAGAAAGAAAAAAGUUUUACCCCUCUCUCUGUUUUGUUCCUUUCGGUUUUUGUUCCGGAGAACCUAUAAAUGGAUUACAAGAUGCAUUCCAAGUCCAAUGAUUUGCUGGAUUUUCAGACACUGGAUGCCCUUUUGGAAAAAAUUGCACAUUAUUCCGCAGCUGUAAAAAGAGAUCCCAGCGAGGAGUGCAAUGGAAUCGGCGGCACUCUCCCUGCAGAGGCCGCGCCUGGCUCGAGGCUGAACGAGCGGUGUCCCGUGGCCCCUCCUCCUCAACCUCCACCCCAUCUUCCACCUCCACCCGCCCUGGUGCCCUCGCUCCAUCCAACCAGUAUGGGUGACGGUCUGGACGCCGCACCGAUGUUAGGGAGCAGCAGCAGCAGCAGCAGUCAGGGGCAGCCCCAGCCCCAGUCUCAAGCCUCUCACACCGCCAACCCCCCUCCCCCGGAGGUCAUCAAUGCGGCACGGCCGAAGCGGCAGACCAACCAGCUGCAAUAUCUGCUCAAGGUGGUGCUCAAGACGCUGUGGAAGCACCAGUUCUCAUGGCCCUUCCAGGCUCCUGUAGAUGCCGUCAAGCUUAACCUGCCUGACUAUUAUAAGAUAAUUAAAAACCCUAUGGACAUGGGAACAAUCAAGAAACGGCUUGAGAACAGUUUCUACUGGAACGCCCAAGAAUGUAUUCAAGACUUCAACACCAUGUUUACCAACUGUUACAUCUACAACAAGCCAGGGGAUGAUAUAGUCUUAAUGGCUGAGGCACUGGAGAAACUCUUCCUCCAGAAGAUUUCGGAAAUGCCCCAGGAGGAGAACGAGAUCGCAGUCAUGACUCCCAAGGGCCGUGGUCGGGGCAGGAGGGACCCAGGGUUAAACUUGAAGCCCCCUGGACCUGGCAGGGAUUCUCCAUCGACUCCUCAGACUCGUGGCAUUUCCAAUCACGGCCCAGGGCCACAGACUAGAGCACCUGUACCAGGUCCUCCAGCUCUCCCUCCACAAGUGGCUCAGCUGCAAGCUCUACCCCCACGUGUCCCCCCUACGAUCCCCCAGCUGGGUCCGCCCUUUCCACUCGCCCCUUCAGACUGCAACCCUCCGGGCACCAUCAUGACCUCGGUGCCUCCCCCGACCCAGACUGCCCUUCCACCCAUGCCCAUUCAACAGAGUCCUGCCCCGAUGCUUCAGAGCGUCAUGCCUAAAGUGAGUCCUCCAAUAUUAAAGCAGAGGAAAAGCCAGAAGAGGAAAGCAGACACGACGACCCCUACCGCCAACGACCAGCUGAGCGAGUCCUCUCCCGCAGAAUCAAAGUCGGGGAAGACUCUCCCUCGGCGAGAGAGCGCACGGCCGUCUAAACAGCCCAAGAAAGAAGCGCCGGAUUCCCAGCACCACCUCGGCUACAGCGUCCCUGCCGGCCCCAACAGCCCCAAAGUGCUGGAGCAGCUGCGCUACUGCACCGGCAUCGUGAAGGAGAUGUUCGCUAAGAAGCAUGCCUCUUACGCAUGGCCUUUCUACAAACCGGUGGAUGUGGAGACUCUGGGACUGCACGACUACCACGACAUCAUCAAACACCCCAUGGACCUCACCACCAUCAAGGACAAGUUGGACAACAGACAGUACCGAGACGCGCAGGAGUUUGCUGCAGACGUACGGUUAAUGUUCUCCAACUGCUACAAGUACAACCCUCCGGACCACGAGGUUGUGGUGAUGGCACGCAAGCUGCAGGAUGUGUUUGAGAUGCGGUUUGCUAAGAUGCCUGAUGAGCCCGAGGAGGUCUUUACCCCUGCACCUGCCCCCGUGCUGCACCCUGUGGCUCCUGUGAAGCCCCAACCACCCAUCGCCGCCCCCUCGUCCUCCGACAGCUCCAGUGACUCCUCGUCUGAGUCGGAAUCCUCUACCGACGAUUCGGAGGAGGAGAGAGCUCAGAGACUGGCUGAGCUCAAGGAGCAGGUGUGGAUAAAAGAGCUCAAGGCGGUCCACGAACAGCUGGCAGCCCUGUCUCAGCCUCAGGCCAGCAAACCAAAGAAGAAAGAGAAGGACAAGAAGGAAAAAAAGAAAGAGAAGCACAAAAAGAAAGCCAUCCCUGGACUGGACGAGAUCCUCGAGGCACCUUCCACUCUCCCAACGCCGAAGAGCAAGAACAAGAACAAGGAUCCUCUGCCCAAGAAGACCAAGAAGCCAAGUAAGAAGGAGGGCAUAAAGAACAACCGCUCCAUUCCUCCCCCAGGCACCGCACCUCCCACCCUGCAGCCGGUGCCUGGCCUCGACCCUGUGGAAGAGCUGACUCUGGGAGGGGGACCAGGAUCCGCAGGCUUGGUGCCAGCCGAGAAGUGUAAGCCCAUGUCCUACGAGGAGAAGAGGCAGCUGAGCCUCGACAUCAAUAAGCUUCCUGGGGACAAGCUGGGCCGCGUGGUCCACAUCAUUCAAUCCCGUGAGCCUUCGCUGAAAAACUCCAACCCGGAUGAGAUCGAGAUCGACUUCGAGACGCUAAAACCUUCCACGCUGCGGGAGCUGGAGAGAUAUGUUUCAUCCUGUCUCCGCAAGAAGAAGAAACCUCCAGAAAAGACCAUGGAGACUAUGAGUGCUAAGCCAAAAGGCUCAUCUUCAGACUCGGGCAGCAGCAGUGAGUCAAGCUCUUCUGACAGCGAGGAUUCUGAGUCAGGAAUGGCCUCUAAAUUGAAGAAGAGAGGUCACUCUGCAAAAGAGGGAAAGAAAGUCCACCACCCUGUGAUAGCGCCAGGUUUGGGCCAGCCCCAGAUGCCCCUUCAGCCCCAGGCUCCUGUCUUACAGCCCAACGAUCAGAUAAAACAGCAGCAGCAGCAACAGCAGCAGCAGCCACAGCAUCCUUCUCCCGCAGCAUACAUGGCUUCUUCGGUCACGGCGCUGGAGUCAUCCCAGGUGCUCGAGAACACGUUUGACUCUUUAGCCCACUUUGGACCGCCCCUCAUGCACAUACCCCACCAUGCCAAUGACUCGUCUUCUCCUGCCCCGCCUCACCUCAACGCUCACACAGCAAGUGGCCCCGGGUCACCUGACACGCACCCCUUCUUAAACCAGCACCCCAUCCUUCAAUCCCCAGCACUGCACAACGCUAUGCCUCAGCAACCUUCACGUCCCAGCAACAGAGCAGCGCCGCUCCCCGCCAAACCUCCGCAGCCCACAGCUCCCCAGCAGCCCCUGCAGCUCCAGCCCCAACAGCCUCCUCAAACCCAGCACCACCUCCCUCACCCCCUAUUGCACCCCCCUCAGCCCAUCCGCCAAAGGCCGCUGUCUCCUCCUACGCUCACCCCACAGGGCCUGCUCUCCUCUCAGCCUCCUCAGGUGCUGCUGGCGGAUGAUGAGGAACCCAUGCCCCUUACGCAGGUCCUCUACCUGCAGCACCACAUGCAGCCAGGUAGACAGCAGCAGCAGCAGCAACAACAGCAGCAGGUGUCGCUCAUGCAGUCGCUGCAGGCUCGUCAGUCGCAGCCACAGAGCCAAGCUUCCCUGCUGCAGACCGUGCAGGUGCAGUCACAGCUGCCUGUGCAGACACAGCUGCCUGUCCAGACUCAGCCCCAGGCUCCUCCGGCGCACCAGCCCUCGCCACAGAUGCCCCAGCAUGCACCGAGACACAUGCAGCAAACACAGAGCCAGCAGCAGCAGCAGCUGGCUUUCUCACAGGGCCCAGUGCAGACCACGCAGGCGCAGCCGGCGCCGCACAAGGUGGCCAUGACUCCCAAUAAAGUGCAACAGCAGAUUAUUCAGCAGCAGCAGCAGCAGCAGCAGCAUCCUUCUCCACGACAACACAAACCUGAUCCUUACAGCACAGGGCACCUGAGAGAGAACCCCUCUCCUCUUAUGAUGCAUUCCCCUCAGAUUUCCCAGUAUCCUCCUGUAGUCCAUCAGUCUCCUCCACAAAACAUCCAGCCCAAAAAAGAGCCGCAGCGAGGGCCGCCACUUCUCGGACCGCUGAAGGAGGAGAAGCAGCCGCCCUCACCUGUGAUGAGGAGCGAGUCCUUCAGCCCACCCAUACGACAGGAACCACACAAACAACCAGAGAGCAAGACACACAUGCCAGGCCAUGGCCAGCAGAGACCGGACAUGAAGCCUCUGGACACUUCUCGCCCCGUGAUUCGCCCCUCAGAUCAGAGCGGUCCACCUCCCACCAUGCCGGACAAGGACAAGUUCAAGCAGGAGCCCAAGACUCCUGUGGCUCCUAAAAAGGUACAGGAUGUGAAGCUGAAGAACAUGGGCUCGUGGGCCAGCCUGGCGCAGAGGUCCACGUCUACACCGUCUUCUGCAGUCAAAUCGAGCAGCGACAGCUUCGAGCAGUUCCGUCGUGCCGCCCGGGAGAAGGAGGAGAGGGAGAAAGCACUGAAGGCUCAGGCAGAGCAGGCUGAGAAGGACCGGCUGCGCAGAGAGCAGGAGAAACAGCGGGGCCGUGAUGAGGACGAUACGAUGGAGGUGACUCGAAGGCCUCACGAGGAGCAGCGGAGGCGCUCGGAGCACCAGCAGGCCCAGGCUCCUCCGCCACAACAGCAGCAUCAGGCCCCAUCCCAAACCCCGAACCAACAGCCCCAGACGCCGUCCGCCACACAGCCAUCACAGGCUCCCCCUCAGUCCCCGGCCUCCAACCAGAGCGCCCUCGACCAGCACAGAGAGAUGGCACGCCGCCGUGAGCAGGAGAGGAGGAGGAGAGAGGCGAUGGCAGCUACCAUUGAUAUGAAUUUCCAAAGUGAUCUGAUGGCUAUAUUCGAAGAGAACUUGUUUUGAAGUGCACGAGGAGGCACAAGAGGACUGCGAGAAUAAAAAAACAAAAACAAAACAAAACUGCUAGUGGAUUCCUCUGCAUAGAGAAAUAACGGACUGAUGAAGCAGUAAGGGAAUUUUAAAAAGAAUUCAAAAGACCCCAACUGAGAGCAUGAGAAACGCGCCACCGAGGCAGGAACGGCACUGGGCGAAGCUGAGGCCUUGACAGGGCGCCCCCUGUAGCCUCAGCGGGGGGAAAAUACAGAGGGACCCUCGAGCUGGGGACAUCGUUGCCUCUCUGGCAUAAUUCCUGGAUUUAAACCCAUAUAAGUAGCAGGAAGGAGAGGACGUUUCCUUGGGGCACUCUUUCGCACGAAUGGGAGCAAUGCUUUUGGACCUUGAUAUCAGUGGAAGUAUAUCUAAGUGACAACAGUUUAAACGUACUGAUUUACCCGUAGUAGGCUGUUCAUCAACUGCCAGAUGUGUGAGGGGUAUCGCUUUUGUUUUUCCCUCCUUUCACUGUUUUCUUCUUUGUUUUCCUUUUUUUUUCUUUUUUGUUGUUUUUCUUUUUUUGUUGUUUUUCUUUUUAUUUUAUUUUUUUAACACAAGCAAGCGAUUUAUGCUAACAACUCAUGGUAUGGAGAUAAAUCACAAAAUUACAUUUCUCUCUCACACAUAUACACACACACACACACACACACACACACCCCAUUCACAGUCUAGACCCCAGGGGGAUGAUCAACAGCUACAAUGACACCACCCACCCCCCAUCCCCAAAAAUAAGUGUUAUCACUUUCUUUUCUUUUGUUCUACUGAUCUACUGUAAAAACAAACACCUUUCUUAAAGAGUACUGUUUUGUUAUUUUUAAAAAACCUUCUUACCAACACUUAACCAUUUCUCCUUCUGAUGAUGACGAUGAUGAUGAUGUCUAUGCCAAACAAGAGUCCUAGUCCCGGAGAUCUUUUUUUCCUUUCAUUUAACACGCCUUUUUUUUUUUUUUUUUUUUUUAAUAUAUAAAUAUAUUUUCUUGUCCUUCACACCAGACGUGAAAGUUUAGGUAGCUUGUUUAGUAGAAUAUACCUAAUAUAUGCAUUAUUCCGACGAUUGAAGAGGAAAAACGAAAAUGGUUAAGUUAUACUUUAAUCCACGGUAAGAGGAGCUUGUUUACCUGUUUAUCCUUGAGUUUGAGAUUAUUUUUUCUUUUCCUUUUUUUGGAAGAAAAAAAAGCACACAGUGCUACAUUACUUUUGUGUAUUAUACAUUAUAGAAAGAAGACCUGAAAAAAGCGUCUGGAAGCGAUUCACGCUUCUGGAAAUAAUCGUAAAGCUCGAGCGCGGAUGAGCAGCCGGCUGACUCUGAAUCCUCCGAGACUCCUCUGAAGUCACCUCUCGAGCGCUUAGGCAUUUCUUGCAUGGUUCCUCUCUCUCUCUCUCUCUCUCUCUCUCUCUUUUUGUCUAGAUCUCUUUUAUUUUUAUUCUCUCUCUCUGUCUGUCUGUCUGUCUCUCUCUUUCGCAGAUCAUUUCAUGUUAAGCAGCCAGAGAGGGCUCGUAGACGCUGUUCCAGAUGAGAGACUUUUUUUUUUUUUUUUUUUGAUAAACAAGUACAAGAAGAAAAAAAACAAAUAAAAAUUGCAAGCGUUCUGAUUUUAUAUCAUCGUUCUUGUUCAAUUAUAGUGGAUGUGAGUUCUAAUUAUGUUAUUCGAGUCGGAUUUAAAGGGGCGGGCGCGGAUCAAAGGGGGAGGGCAGGGUGGG